UGAGUUUUUCCCCCCCCCGAGCUUCGUCUCCACGUGGACCGCCGGAGAGAGGGAGGAGGACGCCAUGGGGUGCUGUAGCGGCAGGUGCACCUUGGCCUUCAUCUGUGGCAUGCAGCUGGUCAGUGUGUUGGAGCGCCAGGUGAUAGAUUUCCUGGGCUACCAGUGGGCUCCCAUCCUCACCAACUUCCUCCACAUCAUCGUGGUCAUCCUCGGCCUGUUCGGCACCAUUCAGUUCAGGCCGAGAUAUGUCACCGGGUACGCAGCCUGGCUGGUCGUGUGGAUGACCUGGAAUGUGUUCAUCAUCUGUUUCUACCUGGAGGUUGGAGAUCUAUCCAGAGACUCUGACCUCGUCCUGACGUUCAACCUGUCCAUGCACCGCUCCUGGUGGAUGGAGAACGCCCCGGGGUGCAGGGUGACGCCCAUCACCCCUCCUCCCCCCUGGGCGCCCGAGGACCACCGGUACAUAUCUAUAGCCGGCUGCCUGCUGGACUUCCAGUUCAUCGAGGUGGCCCACUCCUCGCUGCAGAUACUCCUGGCUUUGAUGGGGUUCAUCUACGCCUGCUACGUGGUCAAGCUCAUUUCAGAGGAAGAGGACAGCUUCGAUUUUAUAGGAGGGUUCGACUCGUACGGUUACCAGGGUCCGCAGAAGACCUCCCACCUUCAGCUACAGCCCAUGUACAUGUCAAAGUAAACCCCGGAGCUCCUCCAGGAGCGCCGCCUUACCACCCGCCAACAGCUUCACGUCCUGCUUUUACGACUCCGACUGUCUUUUAUUAAUGAACAACAACCGAGACACGGACAAGGAGACAGGAUCCAGAAGGACACUGAGAUAUUCUGCGCUUCAACCUACUAAUAGCCCCCCCCCCCCCCCGCCCUCUCCACCCCUCCACCCCACCCCAGUAAUCAGAUUACUUCCAUGGUCUGCCUGUCUGCAGUUUUAAUGGGUUCGGUCUGUUCCUGAUGAAACACUGGCCUCCUGUGGUUGAACGUUGUAACUGCGGGGCAUGUGUGAGCUCUGAUAAUACCUGCAUUUAUUUAUUUUUUAUCUCUGAGGGACCCAAAAUAUUCCUCUUGUGAUGAUGGAUAUCUGCAUUGUGACGGACACCAAAGGGACGGGAGGCGGCCUGUUGGGGAAUCACCGACGAGUUUCUUCAGACUUCCGAGGAGAACUCGGUUUCUACCAUCGGUGUUUCCAACAGAGCCUGUUUGACCCUCUCCGUGCCCGAAACACCAGACACUGGACUUCCGCGCGGUCUGACCGAGCAUCCGCUCGCUAGACCGCCGACAAAAGGAAUGUCGGACGACUUUCUUUUCCACGGUUACUUUCUGCUGCAUUUUGGGUUCCCGUCGCAUCAAAGAUGGGACCUCGACGCAAGUCGAGGGCCGGAUUCCCGCCACACAUUUCCCUCUGCUGCUUCGUCAGAAACGUUGAUUCUCUAAUAACAGUUCUGCGUGUAGAUUGGCAUACUUUCCCUUUCACGUGUGCGGGAAAACUCACAAUCCACACACACGGGAGUUAGAUCGCGCGUGUGUGAAUACACACAUGCAUGCAGAAACGGACACACAUACACGACAGAUGUAUGAACACGUUUUAUGUGAAUGUUAACAAUGUUUACAAUACUCCAAAAUCCAGAAGGACUGAAGAGCGGACAGACGGGGAGACACACGGGAGACGUUCUAGCUGCAGCAUCCCAAAGGCCAUUGGGGGUGUUCCACCAUGUGAGGACAGACGGAGGACAAGAGUUCUGGGGUUUGGCGGUUUAAAUGCGACAGACUGAGAGAGAUAGAGAGAGAGAGACAAAGAAAACAACCCCAGAAGAGGGAUGGAGGUCAGGCAACAGUCCUUGUGGACAAUGCCGACACAAAGUUUCAAAGCUGGAGGGCAGAUCAAGUGCCAAUCAGCCUCAUGUGCCGCUUCCACUCGUCCUUAACAGCGGACAUAUUUCAUAAAUCUUCCACAAGCGACGCUCACACAAAGGGGAAAACACCGUUUACAGACAUGACAAUCACUGUCACGUCGUCCUGGGUUCCACCGGCGGAGAGCGGCAUUGUUUUGGUCCCGUGACAAAUUGGGUCAUUAUCGUGUGGGAACAGGGAAGCGUCUCGGUUUAGAUUAUUUCAUCAUUUAUUGUUUGAGUGCAUUUUCCCCCAAAAAAACAUCGGCGAAUGACGAGGACUUUUUGGGUGAAAGGAGGAGAAAGGAGACGAGGCCGAGUCUCCCUCCGACAUCACGGCCCGCCCUUCGCCCGCAGACUAACGAGGACCGGAGAGACACCUCCCGUCACCUCACCGCUCACAUCUUUAUGUUCAAAGUGCCAACGGUGUCGCCGCGCGGCGGUCCUCGGAGCCCGGUUUCUGGAAAAGCCGCAGACUGGGACCAAAACCAAUGGGUCUCAGGUCCAAUGUAAGAAGAAUAGCGAGGGUAUCACAAAUAUACAAGAAAAAGGGAAGAAAAUCACAUUUGCAUUCCAGGAGACGGGCAGGUUUUUUUUCCUUCUCUUUUAUUCUGCUCAGAAAAACCCAACCGGGGAAAUAAUGUAACCAACGGUGUUGCAUUUGUGUCGCUGGGCCAAAAGUUCGAGGCCUUCUCUUCUGUCAACCCCGAGGAACACUUCUUGGUGAAAACGCCGACAGAAUGACGGACUUUAUCCCCCCCUCCUCCUCCUCUGCCAGUUCUCUUCAGCCGGUCAUGGUUUCCUACAAACCCGCGGGUCACGUUCAGAGUCGCUCCGGAGGACAGAAACAACGUUGUGUGUGUUUGCAUGAGGUGUUUCCAAAACUGUCGCGUAUUUAAUCUCAUGCUGCGUGUGACUAACUAGCUACUUACAAUGGGAACUGUUUGGUUUGUUGAAUGCUCCUCAACUCUCUUCAAAGAGUCCUAAAUGUGAACUUUGUGAUUUUUUUCUAUAAAUAACACAGUCCGAGUUAAAGGAGAGAAAAUAGCAACUCCAAUGUAAAACGAUGAAAUGUAACUUUGAACUUCUAGACGUUUUUUAAUCACGUGGCCGUGUUUACUGUUUUUUCUAGUUGACUACUAAUGUAUGAUGUUGUGUACAAGUGGGACUACUAUGUUUUAUUUCUCCGAAGUGUACAGUGUGUUUUUGAGAUGAGAGAGGAAGAGGAGUGGAAGAGGAAAGGGAAUUAGUUGCACUAUAGUCUGUAAUUCAUUCAUUAACAAUUCUGUCAGGGCUGGAAAUUCACUUUCACUUCAGCACAUACUUAACUUUAAAAUAUUCAUUUAAUAACCAGCGCCACACUUGCUUUUUAAUAAAUGAAAUGACUGCGGAUGAAGUGUCUUUUUGCAAAAUUCAAAUCAGGAACUAAUGCUGUGAAAAGGGGUCACAAUGCCAUUAUUUAAAGCGUCACUUGAACUGAAAGUGAAUUAAUGUUGUUUUAUUUGCCUUUAAUGGAGUCGAUCAAGGCAAUAUCACCUGGCACCGUGCAACGAAUAUCAGAACGCCAAUCUGAAAGAUGGAGAGGGUUUCAGAUGUAUAAUGUGACUCGAGUGAGUGUGUGUGUGUGUGUGUGGGUGCGCGACCUUUCUAUGUCAUGGUGAACUCAACGACACUUAACCCAGAACCUGCAAAGCCACAACGUCAACACAAACGUAAGCCGAAGGAAAUCGAAGAGCUCAUUAAAGACUGUUAAUAAGUAGCAAUAACAACAGUUAUGAAAUAUCUUUUUUUUAGAAAAUGAAGACAGAAUCCACAGACGCCCGCUUGAUCGCAUUCAGACUUUGGAACAGUCAAUAGAGCCUCUUGUCUGUAGAUCUAGGAAUGCACAUCUGGAGAUAGAGAGUUACACAUUUGCAGAAGGUUUGUCCUUAUUUUGUUUAAUGGUGUCAAGAAACAUUCAGUCCUGAAUCUGUAUUAAGAGUUAUUAAGAGUACGCAGUUAUAGUUAUUUCUGUAAUAUGAUGCUGACUAAAUGUAUGAAUAGGAGGGAAAGACAUUCAUCCUGGAAAUUGGCUAAAUAUUCAAAAAACAUCUAAAUCAAUUUUGCAUCUCCAAGUUUUAUCAAAUUUAUUUUGAGAAUUAUUUGUACGUGUUCAAUUCAAAGCCCAUAAAAGCUUGAGUUUGACAGUAAGUUUGUUCUUUACAUUCUUAAAUAUCAUUUAAGAAUAUAUUAACUAAAUACAAUUUUAAGUCUAAAAAAAAAAAAAACUAUUGGUAUUUUCUGUUAGGUUAAGGAGAACUAAUGUGUUUAGGACUGUGUGGGUGUGUCUUGACUAAAUUUGAUUAACAGUGGCCUGGAAACAUAAGCAAGGGACCCAACAUCAUGUAUUCAUUUUAAAAGUUGCUGAAUCUUGAUUUAUCAGCCCGACGGACAGGAAUCUCCCCGUCGACGUAACUGAGACGCUGUCAGAGUAUUGUGCGUUCAUGUCGGAUCCUAUCACUCAAAUAAUAAACCAAUUGAGGAAAUGAGUUUUCUUGCCAUUGGUGCCAAGCACAAUGAGUUCAAUAAAUAAAUACAGCUACAAAGGGCAAAGAAAAGCUGGACUAUAACAAAGGAGAUAAGUGGAGGACCCAGGACAGAACCCUGAGGGACUCCACAGCUCAACUUCAACUGUUAUCUUGUGUUAAAAAUAAAUGUCUUUUGUUCCAACAAAUUGUCUAAUAUGAAACUUGUCCCUUCAUUGUAACAUUAAAUGGAGGUACAUUGGACUGUGGCAGCGGAGAUAAUUGUGUCAGUGGAACAUUUGGGAGUGUGCAAUAACACAUUAUCAUGUACGUUAAGCAACUAUUCACAAUGUCAGCACUUCAAUGCAGGAAUCUGUCGUUAACAGGCAGUGAAAGCGCCGAUGUACAAACUUUCCGUGGCUCUGGGUCGUUAUGUGUAUGUUCACCACUGACUAAAACCAUCUAUGUUGGUUUAACUCUUUCUCUUUUUACGAUGGUUUUCCCACAUGUGACUGUACAUAAACUCGACAGUUGAUAAUAAAGUAUAGACAGUGGAGAAGGAAAGUC